AGAUGCAAAUAGUCCAAAAAACGUCCUUACCAAACAUUUGCAUUUAAACAAAUAGGUACAGACCUUUGAAAAAAAGAUCUCUCCUGAUGCUUGCAGUGUGAUGUGGCGUGUUCUAUGCGUCCCUGCCCUCCUGACGACGUGGCUAAAGCUCCCAUUCAGGCAUUGACUGCCCAACUGUAUUUAGUUACUGUAGGCAAAUACAGCAUCGCAACACAGAGGACUGCGUGUGUGUGUGUGUGUGUCUCUGACUGCUCAACACCAUUAUGGACACCGAAUAUUCCAAGAGAGUGUACCAGGGCGUUCGAGUCAAGCACACAGUCAAAGACCUGUUGGCAGAGAAGCGAUCCCGACAGACCAAUGGGCCAAGAUACAGUGGGGAUUCAACAAGUCCACCUUCUUUAGUCCAGUUGUCAGGAUCUCAUAUGUUGCCAAGCUACUAUGGGAUGAGACGUCCCUUCCUGUCAGACCCAGACCUGGGUCCAUCCACCAAGCAGUUUUCCGCAGAUGUGUACCCAGCCACUUUCGGAGGCAGACCUCUGGGUUACGACUCGUCUACCUUCUCCUCACUCAUUGAUACCUACUACCCUGAGACUUUCUCCGAUUACCGCAGCAGCGCAACCUUCUCCACCUCCGGAGGAUCUUUCCUGCCUUCAUCUCUGUUGCCUCCCUUCAGUGGAGAGUCCUCACAUUUAUACGGGAGAGACUCAUGGGAGCAGUCGGUGCCUGAGACAGUUCCUCAGGUGGAGGCUCUCUGUCCAGACAACCUGGCAUCUGUCAGCGUUCCAGAAGUGCAGCCAAGCCAAGGCUCGUCUGCGGGCUCUGGGUCAUACACACUGCACUCCCUUGAGGACAAUCACUACCACCUUCUAGCCUCCAGCAACUCUUCCUCCUUCCUGUGUCCUCCUUAUAUGAACAGCGAAAUGGUGUCCAAGAUAGCGGUGGAGGACACAGCAAGCAGCCUCUCCAGCCUCCCUCCUGGUGUGGACGCUCACACUUCCUGGGAAAAGGAGGAGGAGGGGAGCUCCUGGUCGUCUUAUGAACUCAGAAGAGCUUACUGACGCUCAUGUAGACAUUUCAUCGGCACUUUACACAGCAGAUGGAUGGACUUUUACUUUCUGCUGCUUUUCAUCAUCAAGAAGACCAAGAAACAACACAGGUGUCAAACUCAAGGCCACAUCAUUUUAUGUGGAAUAAUGUGUGCCGAUCACUCCUCACCUUUUUCCUUCCAAAUGUAUUUCUUCUUUCAGUUUGACAGAAAAAUUGUACUGCAUGCAGCUCUUCUAAACUUAAAUGUUAUCUGAUCAU